AUGUCCAGCUUUCCCAGUCACUUUGGUAAUUUGCUAACUUACGGACCUGUUGCAGGGGAGAGGACAGUGAAGAAUCUGAGGUUGUCUAAGGCACUUACAAUUCCAGAGGGAACCACUGUGUCGGAUGCCUGUAGGAGGAUGGCGGCAAGGCGUGUUGAUGCUGUUCUUCUGACCGAUGCUAAUGCCUUGCUUUCUGGAAUUGUUACUGACAAGGACAUAACAACCAGGGUCAUAGCUGAGGAGUUGAGGCCAGAUCCGACAACAAUUUCGAAAGUAAUGACAAGAAACCCAAUUAUUGUGAACUCAGAUUCAUUAGCUAUUGAUGCUUUGCAAAAGAUGGUCCAAGGAAAAUUCCGGCACCUUCCCGUGGUUGAGAAUGGUGAAGUUAUAGCACUAUUAGAUAUUACAAAGUGUCUGUAUGAUGCCAUAUCAAGAAUGGUUAAGGCUGCUGAGCAGGGGAGUGCAAUUGCAGAGGCAGUCGAAGGCGUUGAGCGUCAACUUGGAAAUAAUUUUUCUGGUUAG